GUUGAGCACUUCUGCACAAAACUGCACAUUGCACCUGCCCCAACGGACACUGCACUAGUAUAGUAUAAUGACAAUCUAUCAUAGGUUUUUGGUUUUUAGUCGCACAGGUGCAGACAAGAGAGAAUACUGGGACUCAUACAAUACAAAACUCCAACUGGACUACAUCAUUGCCAAAGUAAAAGAGCGUUACUCUCAAAACUGGAUGAAGCAGGAAAACAAUUACACAAAGUUCAGAUCUGAGCUGAGCAGCAAGUGUAAUGGUUUUGACAAGGCCAUCAUUACCCAGGCCAACACUCCAGUGGGUUCCAAGAUUGUGUACGAUGGAGAAAAGAAGAGCCUCGAGGUGACCCCGGAGAUUUUCAGCACCUUUGCAAAGGAGCAUCCACUCCCAAAUCAAACGUUGGACACGUGUGCUGUUGUUGGGAACGGAGGGAUCCUGACCAACAGCAGCUGUGGAAAGAUGAUCGAUUCAGCUCAGUUUGUUAUCAGGUGCAACCUUCCUCCUUUGGAAGACGACUAUGAGAAAGAUGUGGGCACCAAGACUGACCUUGUGACAGCAAACCCAAGCAUCCUCACGGAUAAGUACGGGGCUCUACAGGGGCGUCGCCGUCCGUUUGUGGAGAGCCUGGGAAUCUAUGGCAACUCUCUUCUUCUCCUUCCCGCCUUCUCAUAUGGCCAAGUCACUUCUGUGUGCCAGCGGGCUGUCUACAGCAUUGAGGAAUUUGAAAGCCCCAUCCGCCCUGUUUUCUUUAACCCUGAAUACCUCCAGAAACUGGGCAUCUUCUGGCGCUCCCAAGGCAUAAAAUCAUCGAGGCUCAGCACCGGCAUAAUGAUGACUAGCCUGGCACUGGAACUCUGUGCUAACGUGCAUCUGUACGGGUUCUGGCCCUUCAGUAAUCACCCACAUGGACUCUAUAACCUGACUAACCACUACUACGAUGAUGUAAAAGCUAAGGCAGGAGUCCAUGUUAUGCCGGUUGAGUUUGACCUCUUGUUGCAGUUGCACAUUCAGGGGGUGCUCAGGCUUCACCUGGAAGAUUGUCGGCCAGGUAAAACGUAGUUCCAGGAACUAAUGGAAGCGGACGGGACAGGAGAAAAGUGGUUUGUCCAGUCACUCAUGAAGUCUGCCAUACUUUUGAAUGAAUCUACAGAUGUAUUUUGGUUGAUGACACAGAUUAAAUGUGUCCAAGCAAGGUGCUCAGACUUACAGUGAAUACUGAGUUGGCCAAUCAGCAGCCAAAGUGUCUGCACUGAAACUGAAAUCAUGCAUUUUGCAUUUGC